UUGUGCCUACUCUUUUUGGAUCUACAGCUGAUCCCACCAGGCCAGGAGCCAGGCCUCAAGGAGAGACCAUGGACCCCCCACAGCCUCAGCAUUUGGGGGCAGCACCUUAGGAGAACAGAGGAACAGCUUCCGUCCACCCCUGACGCCAAGAAGAAGGGAACUGCAAAGUGGACCCGCCAACUGCCCCACGCCCCAGCUGGGCAUGGACCAGCACCUGUGACCUGCCAGAGCUGAUGCCGGGCCCCCAGGGAACCCGAGGACCCCCUGUCAUGAGCCUGGGCAAGCUUUCACCCGUGGGCUGGGUGUCCAGCUCGCAUGGGAAGAGGCGGCUGACUGCAGACAUGAUCAGCCCCCCACUCGGGGACUUCCGACACACCAUGCACGUGGGCCGUGGUGGGGACGUCUUUGGUGACACCUCCUUCCUCAGCAACCACGGUGGCAGCUCCGGAGGCACCCACCGCUCACCCCGCAGCUUCCUGGCCAAGAAGCUACAGCAGGUGCGCAGAGUGGGGGCGCUGCCCCGGCGGAUAGCUACCCCACAGCCAGCCUCGCCGGCUCCACCUGCCGUCUCCCCCAUCAUCAAGAACGCCAUCUCCCUGCCGCAGCUCAACCAGGCCGCCUACGACAGCCUCGUGGUGAGCAAGUUCAGCUUCAACAGCAGCCCCGCUGCCUCCACCGACGGCCACUCCAGUUAUGGCCUGGACUCCGGGUUCUGCACUAUCUCCCGCGUGCCUCGCCAAGAAAAGCCUCGUGACCAAGACCGCGACAGUUCCUUCCCCUCUGAACCUGAGCUUCGCCGCUCUGACUCCCUCCUGUCCUUCCGCCUGGACCUCGACCUUGGGCCCUCUCUCCUCAGCGAGCUGCUGGGGGUCAUGAGCCUCUCUGACACCUCUGCAGCUGAGACCCCAGCCUCAGCCCCCGCGGAAAACUCCUCAGCCCCUGCAGCAAACCCUCCAGCCCCUACUGCAAACCCCCCAGCCCGUGCCUCAAGCCCUCCACCCCAUGGACGGUGCCCCAACGGGGUAACCACUGGGUUGGGCCCAGUGGCUGAGGCAAAGGCCAGCCUGGUGGGAGAGUGUCCCCGUGCACCUGCUGACAUGGCCCCUGGCAGGCACUGGGGAGCAGGCUGGAGUGGCAGCCGGGGCAGCCGCCACUAUACUGAGAUGGAUGCUCGGCGGGAGCUGGUGAAGGUGCUGCCUCAGGGCCGGGCCUCUUGGGAGAGCCUGGAUGAAGAGUGGGGGGCGCCCCAGGCAGGCAGCAGGGCCUCUGUGCCCAGCACGGUGCAAGCAAACACCUUCGAGUUUGCCGAUGCCGAGGACGACGAGGUCAAGGUGUGAACCGCUGGGCACAGGCCCAGGACCCUGCCCAGCCUCAGGCACUGCCCGUGAAGAGCCCAGGGGCAGAGCCCGCCCCUCACCUGACAGCUGGGUUCUGCAAUGAUAGGUGGGAGAACCUAAGUUGCCCCCGAACUCCCCACGCCUCUGCCGGACAGACAUGGGAGGAAGGCCAGGCUUGUUCUGGGACCUGGCUGUUCCCCGAGGGCCCUGCCGAACUGACCUGCUUCCCCCACUGCCACUCUGGACCCAGUGGCCAUUCCUGCGGCCCCGCCCCCACUGGCUGGAGGGCCCAGCCUUACAGUGCCGCCUUUGUGCUGGGCAAGCUGUCCUUGCGGGGUGGGGGAUAGGGAGCAUAUCACACAGGGCCUUUGUCUCCUCCCAAAGGGACCGGCUGCUUCAGCUCACCCUGGAGCUGCCCCCAGCAGGGUCCUGCUGCAUCCCUGAGCCCCAGCCCUCACUAAGGCUGCUUCCCCAGCAUUCCCAGUCCCACCCUCACUCGUCCCAGAAGCCUCAAGGUAAAACCAGGUGUGAUCUCCCACCUUCCUGCGCACCCCAGACCUGCCUCUGGGUCCUGAUUAAAAAUGGCUUUUUU